AUGCACCCGGCGCAGAACGUGUUUGGCGUCAUCAGUCAGAUCUACACGGCCGGUCGCGUGGUAAGCGACCACAGGGUGCGACUUCAGGGUCUCAGCUCGAAGUGCUUGCAAACACUCUAUGCCGGUAGCUUCAUCGUCUAUCUGCUGAACCUGGUUGGAGACUGGGUGCAUACAUACUAUGCAUGUCGCGGCCUGACCGUCACCUUUCCGUUACGCAACUGGACUGUGGUGGUUAUGGUGGUGUGCUGCGUGCUCGGCAGCGUCUUCAACUUCUUGCUCGUUCAUUUGUGCAUCGAGAACGCCUUCCAGCGACCGGCUCCUGUCGAGCCAUUGACCGGCGGCUGUCAGUUGCUAUGCUUCCGGUUGAAGAACUGUGUUUUCGACUUCGACUGUUUUCGCAUCAGCUUCUUGAUCAUGAUGUUCGAAGACGCGCCGAUGACCUUCCUGAACUUUUGGUUAAUCAGCAGCUGUAUGGUUGCUUAUCCGAACCAGACCAUCUGGCCAUUGCUAUGUGCGUCCGCGUCCACUGUGCUCAGCUUACUGUGGAAGUUGGUGAUGCUCGUAUUGGCUUUCAGGUACUUGCGGUUGCACCGAAAAAGCACUUACGACCCAGUUCUCACUUUCUCGGCCAACCGCAGUCACUCUACAUACGGUGCUGGUAAAAGUAUGCUUUCUUAUCUACUGCUUUUGCUUUUCUUCGCUCUAGCUGUCGAACUCUACAUGCAGGCGACGUCACGUGGACGUGAACUGGCAAAUUACCGAAGCUGA